AUGGAUCAGCUCGGGGACACCCCCAGACUUAACUAUCUCGACCCCCGACUUUCCAACUCCAACGUGCCACUUCCCGUCAAAAUCGACAAGGAAAAAGACCAACAAAUCAUCGAUAAAUGGCUCGUUGAAAGAGGCAAGUUCCAGAUAAACCCCUACUAUUCCAUACGCAGGCCACGGUGCGAAAUCACGCUAAGCGGGGCGAAGCAAGCCUUGAAAAACUGUCUCGCAAUCGUGGAAAAACUCAACAAGACGCAGGAAGAGCUCCGGAAUAACGUUGAAACCAUGUCGUCCAACGAAUGGAAGCAGAAAACGCUCGACAUCGGCAGUCUCAAGGACGAGUUCGAUAAAUCAAUCCUUUUAUUUGAAGACAACACGAUUCUAAAGUCACUCAAAGGCCUGGCCGUCAAGCGGGCGCGUAAGCGCCUCAAUCGCAAGAAACAGAAAAAGUUCCGGCAAGAACAACUCAAAGUCAAGAAGGAGAAACAAAGCGAGAUUGAUAAAAGCAUAAACACGUGGCUUGAGAGCAAAAAGGACGAAGUGGAACGCGCGAAAAUGGAAGAAAAGAUGAAGAGAGACGCCGAUUGUGUUUUGUACGAAGUGACGAAGAAGAAAUCGGAAGCGCGCAAGCAACUCUCACUCAUUUCCGCGCUCGUUAAGUUGCGGACGGUUAGAGACGCCAUGGCCACGCAAAGGGGCGACAAGUUGUCGCUGGAGGACAGGCAGGCCUUCGGGCACGUCACGGAGAAACUAAUUCGCAUGUGGGAGAACUCGUACCAGAGCUACUGCAAAGAGGAGCAAUGCUUGAAAGUGAUGCUGGAACACAACGCCAGUAAGGACUCCAAAGCGGCGAUCGCCGCCAAACAAACCCGCAUUGUCGACGACUGGGAGUCCCUCCUAUUCGGCCCCCGAGACCCCCCCGUCAACAACCCCACCUUCUGGGCUCUAACGAGCGCCGACCGCGACUUGGAGACAUUUAUCGCCAUAAGGAAAAGUUGGGACACGUUUCUAAGUCCGGGGAACGCCUCAGGCUCGGCUAUUCCACUCGGGUGGGUCGCCCCGCCCGAGGCCCCCAGCGAGAGUUGGGCCCCGUUUUUAAAAACCGACUAAUGCUUUUCUAUUAUUUUUAAUAAAAUAAUCACAAUUAAA